UUCUCAACCAAUUAUUACUGAAAUGAAAGGAGGACAAAAUAAUCCAGGCCAAGAUGAAUUCAACAAAGCGCAUGACUUUGAUAAUCCUUAUGGCAUUGACUACUCGAAAGUCAACAAUAAUGAGAUCAACAAUCCAUAUGGUACCUCUGCCACAAGUGGUUAUCCGCCAAGCACAAGCUCAACUGGGUCUUAUCCCAAUCAUUACGGUGAUGAUUUUAGAACUUUCGAAACCAGUGGGCAAAAGCCAGAUCAAGAAAAAUAUCAUAAUUCUGAAAUGAGUUCUAACUAUGAUGCUUAUAAUGAUCAGUUAAAUCAACCGAAUCAAAAUUUUGAUGCAAUGCAUAACCAGUAUAAUCCUUACACUCCUCAGGAAAAUUCCCAAGGUUUGAACGGAGAAGGAUUCAAUCCACAUUCAUUUGGAUAUCAGGAGCCUAUCCAGAAUAAUUCUUAUAUGGGUACAGAGGGACCAGAUCCUUCAGGUCUAAAUCCAUAUUCUUCAAACUUGUUAACAAAACCCAAGGAUUAUAAGCCCGAAGCUAAGUCUUAUAAGAAUGUGCAGAUUCAUGAGAGAGCUAAAGGUGUGCCUGUCUUACUUAGUAUAACUAAGAACCAAAGGAAAAUCUUGGAAAGGCAGAUUAUUUCUCUAUACCCUGACAUUCUCAACCCGGGUGAGGCUGAGAACGUUAAACAUUGAACUUUCCUCUCUCAGUUAUCAGGAUUUGGAUUAAUAUUCGGAACUCCUUACUCUCUAAUCUUGUUCCAGAGAGCAACACAAGAAGCAAGUGGAAGUUCAUUAAGGUACAGGAUGAUGAACAGGGCUUUCUUUCUCCAAAUCCUGAUUCUUGGGAGCUCCUACUACACAUACAGGAAUGCUGUAACUACUUUAGACAAGUACUCGCAGAAGUACCUAAGAAAUUUAGGCGAUGAAGAGAUCAUGAAUUUUGAAAAGCAGGACCCGAAGAUAAUUAAUAAAAAGGCAAAUGGGGAAUAGUUCAAUUCAACCUGUUGA